GCGAGUGGCAGCCUCCCUCCUUCGACAGGCCAGGGGCUGCUGCAGCUCUUCCUCUGGUUUAUUGGGGUAAUAAGUCAGCGGAGAGCUUUUAAAACUCGGCACAUAGAGACAGCAGCGUCACUGCCGCCCGCAGGAGCCUGACAAGAUGAGGAGGUGCGUGGUUGUUGUCCUGGCUGUGCUGCAGCUCUGCAGUCCAACUCUUGAGUCUGACCCGCGGCUCUACGUCUCCCGGGUGCAGGACGGUCAAGAGAAACCCAUCAAGCCAUGGUUAAACCCCACACUGGAAAAUGUCGUCCCUUCUCGUGAAGCCGCCAAACAUCCCAUAGUUAAAGAGAUUCCGGGAGCUGACGCAACCUCACACUCCUCUCCCAUGUUUGGUGAACACGUCAACCUCAAGUGGGUCACGUGGAACGGCUCCCUCCCCAACGGCGCAGUGGCCAUCUUCAAUGGUUACACCGAACGCACCGACUACGUGUGCAAAGUCAACUGCGAAGCCGGCUUUUACACGCCCGCUAAAGGCAGCGUCUGCCAGUACCCCUACGCCGAUAACGAGUACCAAUCGUCCAAGUUCGAAGUGCUGGUCAAUGUGGAUCACUUUGAGUUUGUGAUGUGGGUCGAGGAUUCGUAUGGGUCCGUCCCCCAGUACGCCAUCAAAACCUGCCCCAACUCAGACAUCUACGUGGGGAAAAACAAGUAUGGACUCGGCAAAGUGGUGACCCAACACGAGGCCUUCUUCCUCCCCUGGGAGGGGGAUGAGUACUGGUACAAGAGAUACCAGGUCCUCGCCAUCAACCGGGACAGCUACAGCCAACACAUCUCCCACGUGGAAUACCUCAUCGACCAGAUGGAGCUCUUCCACCAUCCUCCGGAGGCCCUGAAGCUCACUAGGGUCACCAACCUCGAGUGCCGAGACGUGGAGAAGAGGGUGACCCUGGAGAAGACCACCACGGUGGAGAAGACCUGGGACAUCGGGAGAGAGACCCGGAAUGGUUCCGUGUCCACCAUGAAGGCCAAAGUGCCCAUCCUCGGCCCGGGCGAUGUGGGCAUGAGCAAGGAGCAGACCGUGACCUUCUCUGAGGGGACCACCAUGUCGGAGGCCAUCAGCCACUCCGUGUCCGUGGAGCUGACGGUGCCCCCCAACCACUCCUGCGCCGUUAGGAUGGACGGCAGGAAGAUGACGGCCGACAUCCCCUUCACAGGCCGAUUGAGCAGGACCAACCACAACGGAGACACCCACUGGACGUACAUCACCGGCACCUACGACGGCGUGACCGUUGGAGAGAUCAACGCCGUGGUGGAGAGGUGUCAGCCCGUGACUGACGCUAAACCCUGCCCCCCGACAGAAUGAUCAGCACGUUGAAUUUCUGGCUAAACAAUAAACUCUGUUUUUAAAAUAAAAUACAACAUUAAAAAAAA